CUAUUAUCCCCUUUUUUUUCCCCUCUUCCUCCGAGGCUCUCUUAUCGUUAAAAGCUUGGGCCUUGCUGCUCUCCUUCCGCCCCUUUUCCCGUUCACGCUUCCAAGACCUGGAAAUUUCUCCAGCAGGUGCUCUUAUCCACAUGUCUCAUCAUCGUUGCUGAUUCAAUGUUUGCUGCAUGGUGUCUUACCAUCCAUUUUGGAGUGAAGGCUCAUAAAUGAUUGCCAUUGGAAGGAAGUUACAAGUGUUUGAUUAAUGCAUAAUUUCUUCCAUUGCAUCUCCACGCCAUCUCAUAAAAAUAGCUAAGACGGGUGCUCUCUGUUGUGUGGCCGCCGGGCCACAUGGACCAAAAUCCAAUACAGCCAGUAGAGACUGUUCCAUGGAUCCAAGCGAACCUCAUUGGCAAAUGAAUUCAAGCUUCUCCCCUCCUCUGUCGAGGAGAUGGGAUUGUAGGUUUCAAUCAGAUGGAUUAUCUCAUAGGGUUCAUGAAGCUCCCAUAUAUGGGUCAUCAUUAUCAUCACACAGUAAGGGAAGUAGAAGUGGUGUCAGCAGCGACCAGUACCCAAAUCAUUACCAUUCAGUGUCUGAUGGGGCACUUUCUUAUUUAGGGAGUCCGUCUGAUAAUUUGCAGGUACCUGGGUGGACACCACCUGUGCGAAGAUAUGAUCUUGGCGAGUUUACACCUGUAGGAGGAGCAAGGCUCGAGACUUCUGUAUUUUCUAGGUCUAAUGAGAGGCACUUUGGUGCUUUAAACAAUUAUGGCUCUGCAUCCCCACUUCCAGACUCUAGUCGAUGGGCAUCCACUAGCAAGCAGCCAAACUUCUUCCCGCCUCGCAAUUUUUCUGGCAGACGCUCAUUCAUGUCGAAACCUGUUUAUCCGCUCGUUUUCCGGAAUCCUGUUUCAGAUGCCGAAGCCUUUGGAAUGGCUGAAACCAGUAGUGGUGGCAGGAUGACUCCUGGAGAUGAUGUCAGGACUUUUCCCAUAUGGCCUGAGAACAUUUUGAGCCCAGACCUCAAGUUCCGGAAAACGAUAACAGAACUCCAAAAGACAGAAGCUUCUCCAGAACCCAACACGAGCUCAAGGAGGGAAGGAUUCAGAUGGAGCAAUGCCAGCAGUUAUGAUUUUGCAUAUGAUGGAGAUGUGAUCGACAUCACAGAUCAUAUCAUUGUAGAGAAUCAAAGGUGCCUUAAUAAUUCACCAAGAUAUCAGAAAUGUGGGUUAUGCGAGAGGUUAUUGUGGCAGAAGUCUCCAUGGAGCUCUAACCGGAUUGUCAGAAGCAGUGAUAUGCCAGUUGCUGGGGUACUGCCAUGCCACCAUGUUUUUCAUGCAGAUUGCUUGGAAGAGACUACUCCCAAGAGCCAAAUCCAUGAGCCUCCAUGCCCUUUAUGCCUGAAAACUGUUGGCAGUGAAGGAUCUACAUCAUUUUCAGAACCCUUGCAGGUUGCUCUGAGAUCCAUCCGCAGAAGCCAGGGUAUGAACAUUCCUUCCAACGGUGGAGGGAACUCAUCUCAGAGUGGGGGCGAUUUGAGGCGAAAUCAGUCUCUCCCAAGGUCACGACAUGGAGGUUCAUUGACCAGGAGCCACUUCAAGAAGCGGUUUUCCUUCAAGGGAAGGAUGGGGAAAGAUCUCUUUGGGACAAAAAUAUUUAGGAGGACUGGGUCAUCCUCAUCUUCAUUGCCAAAAGAUGAUCCUAACCAAGCCAGGAACGGGAGGUCUCACCAAUCCUCAGGCUAGAUGGGAUUGUAGAAAUGGUCAUACAUUCAGCUGCAGGUCAGUCUUUGUUUUUGUUGUGUUUUGGGAUAGAGUGCCCAUGCAGAAUCUGUACUCUAUUAAGUUAAAAUUUUAAGCUUAUAAAUCUUACAUAGACUUAUUAGUAGACCAGUGAUCAAUCUUUCAUUGCUGGUACUGCUGGAUACUGAUAGUUCUGUACUUAAACAGUGGUAUCAGUGCAUUGUGUGUCUGUUCUGUAUGGGUC